CUAGUACUCUGUGACAAUAACCUGCACAAUUCAGGAGUGAAGCUGCUCUCUGCUGGACUGGGGAAUAAACAUUGUGAACUGGAGACAGAGGCUUUCUGGCUGUCUUGUCUCAAUGGAAGGAUGUGCUUCUCUGGCUGCAGCUCUGAGAUCAAACUCCUCACACCUGCGAGAGCUGGAUCUGAGCUACAAUCACCCAGGAGACGGAGUGAGACUGCUCUCUGAUGUACUGGGCGAUCCACUCUUCAUACUAAAUGUGGAACACAAUGAAGAGUGCUACUUAAAACCAGGCCUGAAGAAGUAUGCCUGUGCGCUCACACUGGACCCUAACACAGCACACAAAAAGCUCUCUCUGUCUAACAACGGAAGAACUGUGACAUGGGAGGAUGAUGAUCAUCUAUGUUUGCCUCACACAGAGAGAUUUAAUGACUGUCCUCAGGUGCUGUGUAGAGAGGGUCUGACUGGACGUUGUUACUGGGAGGCAGAGUAUAGUGGGAAAGGGUUUCAUGUAGGUGUGGCAUAUAAACACAUGAGCAGGGUUGGAAAAGGGCAUAACUGUUUGCUUGGUUACAAUGACAAAUCCUGGAGCCUAAGACUCCUUAAACAUGAUUUCCUCAAACUCUCUGUCUGGCACAAAAAUGAGCAGACGAUCAUACCUACCCCCUCUUCCAGCACUGACAGAGUUGGGGUGUAUCUGAACUCCUCACAAGGCAUUCUGUCCUUCUACCUAGUCUACUCUGACACUCUGACACACCUCCACACAUUCCAGUCCACCUUCACUGAACCACUUUAUCCAGCAUUUUCAGUCAAUGACUAUUCAUCAGUGUCCCUGUGUUAGGUCUUAAAUUGGCCUAGAGAAAAGGAGGAUUAUGUUGAAUGUUUACUAAUAAACUGCUGUCCUUCUGAGUCCA